AUGGAACGCCUGCCAGUCAACCCGCGGCGGCAUAGAAUUGCGCCGGAGCUGCGGAAGAGAGUUGCCCAAGCAUGCAAUAAUUGCAAUGUUAAGCGCGCGAAAUGCUCCGGAGGCCAGCCAUGCGAGAGAUGCCGCAAAUCGUCGCGCGAGUGUUUGUAUCCUGAAGUUGUGCAGACCGUCUCGAUUCCUCGCCUCGAGCACGACGCGCUCAAAGCGAGAUGCGCGUUGCUGGAACAAGCACUCGCAGAAGCCAUCCCUUCGCAGCGUGAGAGGGACAAGUUGAUGCAGCAUAUCCAAGCAAAGCACAAUGCGCCCGACGGAUCACAACCUCCCCCAAAUUUUAGUCAGGAUAUCGCCGAAGACACUCAACAGUUCCGGGAAGGGCGAAUUCUCCAAGAUCCGGAUGGCACGGUUCGCUAUCUCGGUGAAUCCUCAGGCGCCACUUUUCUCAACCACUUGCGAGAAUACAUGGCGACGGUGUUCCCACAGGCUUUUGAAGCUUCCUGGUCAGGCGCCUCGAAUCCCGAUGCGACAGCUUUCAUCUCGGCACUGGGAAAAUAUCAAACCCAUGAUAGUCGUCCGCUGCUAAGCUCUACGGUGGACCCUCUCAUAUCGGCGACGAACGAGCAGGCUGCGGCAAUGCUCUCGGAAUUCCAACACUCUGCCCAGGAUGGCGAAGGGACUUUCGCUUCUGGUGGCAUCUAUUUCUGGAUCGAUGUCCAGGCUGUGCUGGAUGAAUAUCGAGCUUAUGUUGACGGCGUAAGGACGCUCGAAGCCAGCCCCAAUAUCGUGACCGCCAAUGCCGCAUUCGCUGUUGCCUGCCAAUUUAACCCAAAGUGCGCACCGCCUUGGGAGACCGGAUUUGGACAGGCUUUUUUCGCCAGAGCAAAAGGCUUGUUGGGAAAUCCACUUGACGAUUCAAUUAUUAACGAUGCAACCGUCCUAGCUCUUCUAGGCUUCUACCUGCUUAACAGUAAUCGACGUGAUGCUGCAUACAUCUAUGUCAGCGUCGCAAUGCAUAUUCUGAUCGUCCAUGGCGUUCAUCGUGCCUGGAUGGUCGACGAGCAAGGCAAACGGCUGUUCUGGACCGUUUACGUCCUGGACCGUUGGUUGAGUUGUCUAAUGGGGAGGCCAGCUCUUAUAUCCGACGAGGCGAUCAAAUUAGACAUGCCACGAGAUUCAAGUGACCUGCCUCCCGCAGAUGGUCUUCGGGCUCAUAUUGAGCUUGCCAGAGUCUCAAACUACAUAGUCUCAAACAUUUAUGAUGUUGCACGACAGACCGAGGAACCUGUCAUGACGACCUUGUGCAUCCAGAAGUCCCUGAGGUUGCUGAGAUCUUGGUCGGAAAGUCUCCCAGCCACAGUUGCAGGCACAGAGGAGAACUUGAGCCGAGACCGGGCAGUUGGGGAACUGCACAUGGCGCACAAUCAGCUUAUUAUCCUUACUGUUCGACCUUUACUUUUCAUCAACGUCAAGAGAGUCACAGCGGACAUGCUUUUGAACGGUCGAACCACAGGUCAUGAGAUAUCGCACAAGACCGAACUCGAUCUCUGUGCAGAUGCUGCGAGAAGAAACGUCCAUCUGUGGCAUCGACUUCUAAACUUGCAACGGCCGGCAAGGCUGUCGGUUUCCAGCGUGCAUUAUCUGUUCAAUGCUGCUCUCGCGCUGCAGCUUUAUCAGCUUCUGGGCCAUAACGAGGCACAAGAAGACUAUGAAGAAGUGGGUUUUGUCAUUUCCAUCCUGGAGGUGGACCAAAGCAGCAACAAAGAGUACGCAACCGAUUGUGCCAGGGUUCUAACCGACUUCAACUCGCUCAUGGCUAGAUUGCAAAAUGUCGAUCUGUCGAGGACGGCCUCCCGAAUAGAGAACGUACGCGACCGUGCACAUGGCUUGCCAUCCAACUCUUCAAUCAUCCUUUCUCCGAACGGCGAGACCAGCCCGACAAGUUACACAGAGUCCCACCAUCAAUACCGAUCUGAAUCUACUGACGGAAGUGCCGAACGCACAGACUUGCCAUCAUAUGAUCAUCGAACAUACCAUGAGCUUCUUUCCUGGCUAGAAAGGGAUAACCUCCAGCAAAAGUUCGACUUCCCGCAUCGCUUUGGAUGA